AUGGUCAAUCUUACCAAUGCUUCGUUUUGCUAUACCACAGGAAACUUUUCAGCCAAUAGUACCUACGCAAAAAACCGAGACCUAGUUCUCCACUCACUUGCUUCCAAUGUCACAGCCAAUGGGGGAUUCUACAGUACGACGAUAGGCUUAGGAAAUGACACAGUUUACGGUCUUGUGCUAUGCAUGACGGACCCAUCAGCUCAAACUUGUUCGAGAUGUGUCAAUUCUACCAUUCAAGGUCUUCUAGAAGAAUGUCCUAACCAAAAAGAAGCAAUUUCAUGGGGAGGGGAUCCUGUUCCAUGUAUUGUACGUUAUGCGAAUCGUUAUUUUCUUGGAUCACUUGAGCUGUCUCCAGGGGCCGCUGGAUAUAAUAUUGAAACAAAUUGGAGACAGUUUGGUCAAAUUUGGAGUAUUUUAACGACAGACAUUGUAACAAGAGCUUCCAUAGGCUCUUCCAGCAGGCUUAAAUUUGCAGCUGAGACAGCAGACUUGACAUCCACUCAAAAAAUUUAUGUAUUUAUGCAGUGCACUCCUGAUAUAUCACAGAGUAAUUGCAGCGAUUGCCUUCAGGAAUCAGUAGCUUUCUACAAAAAUUGUUGCUACGGGCACCAAGGAGGUUAUGUCAAUAGACCGAACUGUGUUUUACGGUGGGAUUUGUAUCCCUUCUACAACUUAUUUCCUGAAGUUUCAUCUCCAUCUCCAUCUCCAUCUCCUCGAUUUGUUAUUGGUUCUCCUUCACCAAGCCAUACCACAAUCAGGGAAGAGAAGGAGGGUAAAGCUUCUCAGACAGUUAUUGUUACCGUCAUCCCAACAGUUAUCUUCUUAGCGCUUGUUAUCCUCAGUACUUUCACCAUCUUCCGUUUUAGGAAACCAAAGAAAGAGGUCAAAGGAAACUUUACAUCCAAUAGUACCUAUGCAAAAAACCGAGACCUAGUUCUCCGUUCACUUGCUUCCAAUGUCACAGCCAAUAGGGGAUUCUACAAUACGACGAUAGGCUUUGGCAAUGACACAGUUUAUGGUCUUGUUCUUUGUAUGUCAGACCCAUCAGCUCAAGAUUGUUCGAGCUGUGUCAAUUCUGCUAUUCAAAGUCUCAUAGAAGCAUGUCCUGCCCAAAAAGAAGCAAUUUCAUGGGGAGGGGAUCCUGUUCCAUGCAUUGUACAUUACGCCAAUCGUUAUUUUUUUGGAUCACUUGCGCUAUCUCCUACUGACGCUGGAUUUAAUCUGGGUAACUUGGAAACAAAUCUGACACAGUUUGGUCAAAUCUGGAGUGGUUUGAUGGCGGAAACCGUAACAAGAGCUUCCAUGGGCUCUUCCAGCAGGCUUAAGUUUGCAGCUGAGACAGCAGACUUGACAUCCACUCAAAAAAUUUAUGUAUUUAUGCAGUGCACUCCUGAUAUAUCACAGAGUAGUUGCAGCUAUUGCCUGCAAGAAUCAGUAGCCAACUUUAAAAGUUGUUGCUACGGGAAGCAAGGAGGUUAUGUACAGAAACCAAACUGUGUUUUACGGUGGGAUUUGUAUCCCUUCUACAACUUAUUUCCUGAAGUUCCAUCUCCAUCUCCUCCAUUUAUUAUUAGUUCUCCUUCACCAACUAAUACCACAGUCAAGAAAGAGAAGGAGAAUACUGCUUCUCGGACAGUUAUUGUCACCGUCAUCCCAACAGUUAUCUUCUUGGCACUUGUUAUCCUAACUACUUUCACCAUUUUCCGUUUUAGGAAGCCAAAGAAAGAGAUAUCGAUGAAAAUAGCAGCACCGAAUGCUGGCAAUUGA